GUCGUUCUACAGGACAAGCCGCUAUGAUCGCUGCAUUCGCAUAUCCUUGUCUGGUGUUAACGUUUGUACUGUUAUUAAUUGUGUAAUUUUUACAUCCCGUUCCGGUGAAGCGUUAGUUGCAAGUCCUUAAAUUUCGACCAGAAUUCCCUGCUUACAAGAUGGGCAGGGAGGACAAGACAACGUGGAAGAGUAACUAUUUUACCAAGCUAGUGCAAUUGCUGGAUGACUAUCCCAAGUGCUUCAUCGUGGGUGCGGACAAUGUCGGCUCGAAGCAGAUGCAGCAGAUACGCAUGUCUCUGCGCGGCGCGGCAGUUGUGCUCAUGGGCAAGAACACGAUGAUGCGCAAGGCAAUCCGUGGCCACAUCGAGCGCAACCCAGCCCUCGAGAAGCUGCUGCCGCACAUCCGCGGCAACGUGGGGUUCGUGUUCACGCGCGGCGACCUGGUGGAGGUGCGGGACAAGCUGCUGGAGAACAAGGUGCGGGCCCCGGCCCGGGCGGGCGCCAUCGCCCCCUGCCCCGUCGUCAUCCCCGCCCAGAACACGGGCCUGUCUCCGGAGAAGACCUCCUUCUUCCAGGCGCUGUCCAUCCCCACCAAGAUCUCCAAGGGAACCAUCGAAAUCAUCAACGACGUGCACAUCCUGAAGGAGGGGGACAAGGUGGGGGCGAGCGACGCCACGCUGCUCAACAUGCUCAACAUCUCCCCCUUCUCGUACGGCUUGGUGGUGCAGAUGGUGUACGACUCGGGGACCAUCUUCGAGCCGGCCAUCCUCGACAUCAAGCCGGAGGACCUGCGCGUCAAGUUCCUCGAGGGAGUGGCUCGCUUGGCAGCCGUGUGCCUGUCCAUCAGCUACCCGACCAUCGCCUCGGUGCCCCACAGCAUCGUGAAUGGCUUCAAGAACCUGCUGUGUGUGGCAGCGGCCACCGACGUCCACUUCAAGGAGGCCCAGCACGUCAAGGAGUUCCUCAAGGAUCCCUCGAAGUUCGUGGCGGCGGCCGCAGCAGCAGCCCCCGUGGCGGCCGCGGCGGCCCCCGCCCCGGCCGAGGCCAAGAAGGAGGAGAAGAAGGAGGAGAGCGAGAGCGAGGAUGACGACAUGGGCUUCGGCCUCUUCGACUAGUUGCUGUGCUGUGUGCUGUACUGUACUGUCGAGCCAGACCGAUAAUAAAAGGAGUUGAACCUCCCA